CGGCCAACCCCUCAAAGCCGGCCCCUUGAUGAUGAUUGGUCCCCGACUAGUGAAUGGUCGGAUCGCAGCUACAAGACGACAUUUACAUAAGAACGUAUGGAACGCUUUUCGACGAAGCCAGAAACAAGAAGAGCAGCGUCGUUCACUUUGUACAUUUCAACACAUUCUACCGUCUUCGCUUGACAACCCUCACAUUGGUACGACAGCGAAAAUGGCUUCGAACACAAGCUCAAGUUCUCCAAAUUCACGGAAUGGCUGGACCCGGUCGAACUCGAUCCUGCGAGUCUCGGGCACUUCCAUUGUCGAUGGCGAUGGCAACAAAGUCAUCCUCAAAGGCGUGGGACUAGGCGGUCACCUCAACAUGGAGAACUUCAUCACAGGCUUUACAGGCCACGAGCAUGAGCACCGCGAAGCACUUACAGCCGUACUCGGCAAAGAGAAGGCCGACUUCUACUUCGGACGCUUCCUGGAUUACUUCUUCACAGAUAAAGACGCCGAGUUCCUUGCCUCACUCGGCCUUAACAGCAUCCGCGUGCCCAUCAACUACCGGCACUUCGAAGACGACAUGAACCCAGGCGUCAUAAAACCCGAAGGCUUCCGCCUCCUGGACCGCAUCGUCAACAUCUGCGCCCGGCACAACAUCUACGUGAUCAUCGACCUCCACACCGCACCCGGCGGCCAAAACCAAGACUGGCACUGCGACUCCGGCAUCACGAAGGCCCUCUUCUGGAAAUUCAAAAACUUCCAAGACCGCGUCGCGAACCUGUGGUUUGAAAUCGCAAAGCACUACCGCGGCAACCCGGUCAUCGCAGGCUACAACCCCCUCAACGAGCCGUCCGACCCGGACCACGUCAACCUCAUCGCGUUCUACGCGCGCGUCGAGAAGGUCAUCCGCAUCGUCGACCCGGAGCACAUGCUCUUCAUCGACGGCAACACGUACUCGAUGGACUUCACGCGGUUCCCCAAGACGCCGCUGCCCAACGCCGUCUACGCAUGCCACGACUACUCGUUCCUCGGCUUCCCGCGCGGGGGAACCUACACGGGGACCCCCGAGCAGAAGGCCAAGCUAAGGUCAUCGUUCGAAAGGAAGGUCAAGUUCAUGCGGGACGCGGGCGUGCCGAUUUAUAACGGCGAGUUUGGGCCUGUGUAUGCGUCCGCGGAGGAGAACGGUAUGAGCGCUGCGCAGGUCAAUGAGUGUCGUGUUGCGCUGCUGAGGGAGCAGUUGAGCAUCUACCGCGAGACGGACGUCAAUUGGAGUAUCUGGACGUACAAGGAUAUUAACUACCAGGGUAUGGUGUACGCGGACGAGGGGUCGGCGUAUAUGAAGUUGCUCGCGCCGUUUAUACAGAAGAAGAAGGAUCUUAGUGCGGAUUUCUGGGGGUCGAACGAUGAUAAGGUGAAGGAGAGGUAUGAGCCGUUGUUUAAGGCGUUCAGGGAGUGGGUGCCGGAGCAUCUGCAUAAUAAGAAGUAUCCCAGUCCGCUGUGGACGAUAGAGAGGCAUGUCGAGCGGGUGGUGAGGGAGACGCUGCUUAGUGAGUACCUUGGAUGGGAGAUGGCGGAGUAUUUUGACGGGAAGAGUGAGGAGGAGCUGGAUGAGCUGGCGGCGUCGUAUAAGUUUGAGAAUUGCAAGGUUAGAGACGAGCUGAACGCAGCGUUGAGUGAGGAUGCGAAGGCUACAGGGAAAAGCUCGAGGCUGUAGUCUGGCAUUUUUAAAGCGUACGAGUUUUCAUGAAGAGAUGAGGAGGUUUUCAUACAAUUUCAUGAGCAGAUGAUGAGCUAUUCAUCCAUCACCAAAGUUGGGUUCGCUGGUGUCCGGACACCAUGAAUAGGGUUAGAUAUGGAAACCAUCAGAUUAUGUUUAGCCUGCCAUUUUAUUGC